AUGAAUAUGCAGAAUGGAAGAGAAUCAAAUAAUAAUAAUCGCUCAAAUCCACAAACAAAUGUGAAUGUCAAUCAACAAGACCAUAGCAAUCGAGCAAAUAAUCAAGAAAACCAUUUUAGAGGAACUGAUACUCGUCGCCCUAAUAGAGCAAGAAAUAUUCCCAUAGGAGACGAUGCAAGAGUUCCAAUCAGAGAGGAAGAUUAUCCAAGGACUGUUCCUGUUCAAGAUAAUACAAUAAAUAAGAUGAUACAUUCAGUGUUCCUGUCAUGGGAGAAGAAAAUCAUAGAGAUAUUCCUGUCGAAGAAGCUAAUUAUCAAGUUCCUCCUUCAGUUAAUUUCACUUUUACAAGCUCUGAACGUGGAAGACAUACAUCAUUUACUGUUGGAACACAGCAUCUUCGAGGCAUGCAACCAGGCACUCGAGAAGCAUAUUUAUUGACU